CAUCCGUCGUCCUAAUUCGCAGCCAUGGCCAAACCUUGUGCAGGACUUGAGGUUCUCAUCGUCGGCGCUGGGUUCGCAGGUCUCACUGCAGCAAUCGAGUGUCGAAGAAGAGGGGCUAGGGUUAUCUUGCUUGAAGGAAGUAAAGACCGGAGGCAGCUAGGAGACAUCAUAUCCUUUGGUUCGAACUCGGGACGAAUCUUCAGGCGAUGGCCAGGAGUUGAAGACGCUUUGGAUCCCAUCUGUCAUCACAGCGGUGGGCUCGACUUCUACGCGUACGACAAUGAAUUCCUCUGUCGCCAGACUUGGGACGCCGAAGAAGUCUGGGGCAAACGGUUUAAUGGCCACCGGGGCGAGAUUCACGAGAUAGUGUGGAAUCAUGCCAUCAGUAUUGGCGUAGAUAUUAGGCUAGGAAUGAAGGUCUCUGAGUACUUCGAAACGGACACGGGAGCUGGCGUUGUUGUUAAUGGAGAAAAAGUCAGCGCAGAUGUCAUUCUGGCUGGAGAUGGAGUUCGAUCAACUGCUCGAACUAUUGUGCUUGGAUUUGAGGACAAACCCAAGUCUUCGGGUUAUGCGGUGUACAGGUCUUGGAUGGGCACUGAGAAGCUCAAAGAGAACCCGUUGACGGCUUGGCUGGCAGAUCCGAAGAUUGAUCACCACGCUGGAUGGCUGGGUCCAGAUGUGCACUUCUUAGUUGCGACAUUGCAAGAGGGAACUGCUUGCAGCUGGGUGUUGACGCACAAGGAUGAAGCGGAUGUUGAGGAGAGUUGGUCAGCUCCUGGCUACGUUGAAGAAGCCAUCAAGGCUGUGGAAGGAUGGGCGCCCAUUGUGCACGCCAUCAUCAGAGCAACCCCCGAAGAGAAGCUCGUGGACUGGAAACUGGUGUUUCGCGAUCCUCUGCCUACAUGGAUCAGUCCUAAGGCUCGCAUUGCCUUGAUUGGAGACGCAGCGCACCCAUUCCUUCCUACGUCGAUUCAGGGAGCUUCACAAUCCAUGGAGGAUGGUGUGACGGCAGCCGUGUGUCUGGAACUUGCCGGCAAAUCCAACGUCCCAGAGGCCAUUCGUGCAUACGAAAAAAUUCGAUAUGGCCGUGUCCACGCGGUUCAGCAGACGGGUGUCACGAAUCGCGACAACUGGCAUAAGGCCGACUUUGACUUGGUCAAGAAGAACCCAGAGUCCGUCAAACUGCCGCGCGAGCCUUGGAUCCUAAACUUCGACUGCCAGCAACAUGCCUACGACGUGUAUGCCGAAACGGUCAAGUCCCUACGAGCCGAACCCGGAGCAAGGCCGUCACUGUGAACCCGAAAGCAAGUGGUCCGAUUGUGCAGGUAUUGGACAUGCGUUGCCUGAGGAUAUGCCAUGGGUUCUCCUUGAAUAGACGGCGCUCAGAAACGCUUGAUGUGUCGUUUCAGACAGGUCUAAAAU